UGCAGGGCCGGGUGGCUUUCCUGGACCAUGUGCUCCAGGAGCUGGGCAUACGGAGGCCCGUUCUCGUCAGCCCUUCCAUGAGCGGCCGCUUUGCCCUGCCCUUCCUCCUGGCACGGAGGGACCAGCUGUCUGGCUUUGUGCCCAUUGCCCCCGUGCGCACCAAGGACUACACUGCUGAGCAGUACCGGGAGGUUCAG